UCGUGACGGCGACUUGAACAGUUUGCCAGAUCAGAGGCACAACUCUUGAAACAAAUGGUCUCGUUACUAAGGCUGUACCAUUUAUGUGGGAUAUUUGUGAUGAUUUUAAGCGGGGCGAGUUCAACUGACUUUAUAUCACAUAACAUGAGGGAAGAUCUCAGAAAAAUGAAGGAAUACUUUAAAACCAACGAGAAGUCUUUGUUCCACAAUCCCAUUUUCCUGAGAAGCCUGAACAACCUGGAAAACUUUAAAGAUGGGGAACAAGGAGUGAUCAUUGGAGAGGUCCUGGAGGUGUACGUAGACAUUCUGUCACGCAUGAUGAACAGCACCACAGAUCCAGAUAUGAAGGUCAGCAUCAGCCAUACCAGGAGUAGGUUGGAAACCUUAAUGAAGAACCAUUUCCCAAACACUGGAACCCUGAAGGCACAUCUUCAGGAGCUUUGGGCAAUUGCGCCUGAUAACCUGGUGGUCCAGAGAAAGGCAAUUCAAGAACUGUUGACAGUAUUCAACAGAGCAUCUCUCCUGGGCAGCAAACUGCAAGCGUGCAAGGAACUUUCUCGCAGGAAGCGGCAAACCCGCACAAGCCGGAUAUAGCAGUUUCACCAGGCCAACUCCAUUUAACUUUAAUUAACUUAAUUAACUUUAUGUAAUGUAACUUUUUUAUUUAAUUAAUUUAUUUUUUAAGUAAAUCUAUGUAUAAUUUUGGAAAGGAUUUUUUUAUUAUUAAUUUAUUUGUUUUCAUGCUUGAAGAGCAUGUAUAAAAAUGGAAUGCAUACAUUUAUUUAUUUAUUCAUUUUCUGUAUACAGUGUUUGUAAAAUGACAAAAGAACUCCAUACCAUUGUGCUCAAUGGUAAUGGUCACUAUUUUUGCAAUUUUAUGCAAAUAUAAUCUAAACUCACUGUAAGUUUGCAGAAUCAUUUGAAGUAUGGUCUAUGACUAUAUUGGCUAUCUAUGACUAUGAUUAAAACAAAGAAUGUUGCAUCUCAUUGUGCUGCAUGUCAUACAGUAUUAGUAUUGAAUCCCAUUGUCUUUUCUUGGUGAAAAACAGUGAAUGAUCUCAGUGAAGAAAAUCACUGCCCUAUUCCAGCAACACAGAACUGGAACGAAAGGGCCUCACAUCAGAGUUCACAGAACGUCUUGGGACUCUUGCUUAAUUCAGUAAUAAUAUUGCAAAUCUGUUGGUUUCAUAAUAAAAAAGUAUUAUUCCAUCCAGCCAUGGGUCGCAGGGGGUCCGGAGCCUAUCCUGGAAGCUAUGGGCACGAGGCAGGGAACAACCCAGGAUGGGGGGCCACUUCAUCGCAGGGCUAAAAAAUAUAAUUUAAAUUUUUUUUACAAAAAGUAUAAAUUACAAUAGAAACAUUUUAUGUUUAUGUAAAACAUUCAUUUCAUGUAGUAGUAAAUUAAAACCCAACAACCAGUUUGGGUAAGUUGAGCUGUUCACUGUAACACCUUUGCAAUGACAUAUUACUCCAAAAGUUUGUGUUAAUGACCACAAUUGCAAUUAAUAGCAAAAUGGCAAGAUCAGUCAAAAAAUAAUGACACUUAAUAAAACGAAAAUGUCAGUGCGGAAGAUAUGUGCAAAUAUGUUAAAUAUUUCUUGUCAAUGGACUUUUGUUAUAAAACCAAUACAUUUGCAACAUUAUUAAAGA